AUGUCUAGACGGCCUGCUUUGGAAGAAAAUGCCAGUGACAGUGAGCUAAAACGGUCAAGAUCAUUUUCCAAAUCGAUCAAGGGUCUCUUUAAAUCGACCUCUCCGCCAAGGAAAACACCUGGAACGCCAGAAGCUGGUGCAGCUGGUGCGAAAACCAGUGAUAGACUGAAAACGUUGGCGAAAAGUAAGGAACUGGAACUGGAGGGCAAGAGAAAAGAUUCCAAUGCAGGAACACCUUUGGCAGCACCAGUACCAGCACAGAGGCCAAUUGUUGGCAGUGGGGCAAGAAACGCCAAAUCCCAGUCCUAUGUGACAAAUUUUGGUAAGCUGUCUUUGGGGAAACAGGGCGCAAACGGUAAUACUUCUCAGGAAUCCGUGAUCAGCGAUGAUGAUCCGAAAGUACGGUCUAAGUUGUCAUAUUCAAUGAAAGGUGACUCCGCUUCGUCGGAUGGGGACGAAUCUGACUACUUUCAAACUGGACCGGCCAGAAACGGAGCCUAUGAUGCCCACCCGGAAGAAUCUACCAUCGACAAUGAGUUGACGAAGGAUCCUGAAUCUGUAAGACGUGUCAAAAGUUUACAAAGGCCAAAUCCGAGUGUGAACUCGAAUGCUAGGUCGCGUUCCAUGUCGCUGACGUCCCGUUAUAGGGGCCGGUCCCCAACGCAAAGUAAUACCAGCAUACUGCGCGAAAAACACGAAAACGAAAACGAUGCUCAUUGCGUACUGAAAACGGAGACUUUCAUGGUGUUCGAGGAUGGUCAUCACAAGCAUACGCUGUCAGUAACUCCCAUAGUUACAGAAAGUCACGACGACGAUGGCACUGCCCGGGGCAAAUCCAUGUUUUCUUUGACAGGCUUUUUUAAAAGCCACAAGGACGACGAGAGGCUCGAGAGCGCCCUAUCUCUGCUACCCCGAACUAGAUUCGAGUUCCACAAAAGGCUCAGCAGAAUAAUGGAUGAAGAGCUCAAAGACGAAAACGACGACAGCUCUGAUAAUAGCGACAAAAAGAGUGGCAUGCCUGACCCUGUUAAUCCCAAUGCAGCAAUUGGAUCGAAAGAACUAGACAUGAUUGGAAAAAUUUCGAAGAAGAUACAUGACGGGGCAAUGGUGGAAGGUAGCAUGGACGAACAAAUAGCCAAGAAAAAUUACACUCUUUUCCAAAAGUACGGCAAGCCCGUUGGAGUUAUCGGACACGGAGCCUAUGGUGUUGUGAAAGUGUGUUGCAUCGACACGUCCAGCGUUACCGACGAGCGUUCCCUUGAUGAGACAUAUGUCAAGGGCAACAAGAUGUUUUACGCCGUGAAGAAAUUGAAACCGAAGGCAGACGAAGUAAAGGAGAAGUUCGGGACCAGACUCACUUCAGAAUUUAUUAUCGGCCAUGCUUUGAGUCAAAGAGACUCAGAGCAGCGCAAAUCUCACCCCAAUAUUUUGAAAAUGCUCGAUUUAAUGCAAACUCCCGAUGGUUUUGUCGAAGUAUUAGAAUUCUGUCCUUCUGGUGACUUAUACAGCUUACUGUCGCGUACUUCAAAGAGCGGCGGUUUGCAUGUGCUGGAAGCCGACUGUUUCAUGAAACAACUGCUUCAUGGUGUCCAGUACAUGCAUGAUCAUGGGAUAGCUCACUGUGACCUGAAGCCAGAGAAUCUCUUGUUCGACCCACAAGGUGUUUUAAAGAUCUGUGAUUUUGGCACUAGCUGCGUUUUCCAGACUGCCUGGGAAAAGAAGGUACAUUUCCAGACUGGCGCUGUGGGCUCAGAACCAUAUGUCGCACCCGAAGAAUUUAUUGCACAUCGGGAAUACGAUCCGCGGUAUGUGGAUUGCUGGAGCUGUGGUGUAAUCUACUGCACUAUGGUAUUGGGCCACUACCUCUGGAAAAUACCUCUAAUUGAUAAGGAUCCCGUGUAUGCCUCUUUUGUCGAAGAAAUGCGCCUCAAACGAGAAUAUACUGUUUUCGAGGAGAUGAAACAUGUAUCGCCUGAGGUCAAUCGCUGUCGUAGGCUGUGUCUCUAUGCGAUAUUCCAGUGGAACCCUGAAAAACGAACCAGCGUUGAGAAACUACUGCACAGUAAUUGGAUGAAGAGGACAUGGUGUUGUGUGCCAUAUAAAAACACCAAAUCGGCUCAUUGA